AUGGGCCCCUGUACCGCCUCCUCAUGCUGCUGCCAGGCCCGUAAUCUGCCAUGGGCCCCCGUACCGACUCCUCAUGCUGCUGCCAGGCUCGUAAUCUGUCAUGGGCCCCUGUACCGCCUCCUCAUGCUGCUGCCAGGUCCAGAGUGUCUCAUGGGUCCCUGUACGGCCUCCCAUUGCUGCUGUCUCCAUCGCCACACUCUGCCAUGUCCCACUUUCAGGUCUCCUCACACUGCUGGUGGGUUCCAUUUUGUCAUAGGGUGCUGUAUGGCCUCCCAUUGCUGCUGCCUCCACCGCCACACUGUGGCUCCACACUCUGGUUUUGGCCCCGUGACUGCCCAAAUGAGUGAAGUGUGCGGUGAUUCUAAGAUCGACGGCACUCAUCUGCAUGUCAUACUGACUGACAGUAUUAUUUCUCUUCCCCAGCAGACUCCAAGGGCAUUUAAAUUAAAGGUACAGUGUUCUGCACUAAUAUAA